AAAGCCUUGACAUGUUAUGAUAUAUAUGUCAUGCCACGUGGGUUUAUUUGGAUUUAUUUCACUAAAAGUGACCAAACUUGCAGAUUGAGUGAUCCGAGUUUAAAGUAUUUCAAAGUAGUGCUUCUGGGCGGUGACCCCACCAGUCAAGUCCGGGUCCCUGGGUAGCAAUCGGCCAAUGGCAGCACCGUCUCUUUCACGGCCGUCCUGUCCCGGGCCAGAGAGCGUGUGACUACAGCCGUGUGGUAUUAUUGUUUAAUACACUUGUCAACUUUCUCCCAUGCCAAGAAGCUAAGUUACCAAAGCAGGUGAAGAACACCUGUAGAAGGUACGAGACAGACUAGUUAAGUGGAACUUUUGCCUCUAGCAAGCAGAUCACGUCGUUGUUGACGAGAACCUACGAGGUCCUUGGGGGAGGCUCGACGAUGAGUGCUGGCUCGACUUUAAACGUUAUGGUUCCGUACCCUGGACUUCCGAAAAGGGAGUGUCCUUCAAACAGUCUAAAUUGUGUGUUCUCACCAAGUCAACCUAUUUAUCCAACCAGAUUGUGCAGACCUAUUUCUCAGGGACCUGCUGAUCUACUGCGAGAUGCAUAUUUCCCAGUCAGGCCCUACUUUCUUCCAUCAUUAGCUCUGUAUUCUCAAGUUGCUUCCCGUCCAGUACUGGUAUCAGAACCAACACAUUCAUUAGCACCUGCUGAUGAUAAGAUUAUCUCAACUUCACCUGGUAUAAGAUCUGGUUACUGUAAUGACAGGCCCACAUGUCAAGAAGAGAAAGAUGGGAGUUUAAUAAUAGUGUCAAGGGAAAAAAAAGAAGAAAUUACUCCAGGUGAUAACCAAAACAAAAACAGAGAGACUAAUAAGUCAUCCUCAUCACUUGAACCAAACAGAUUAUCUAAAGCUCGCAGUUACUCAGACAGCACCAUUCCAUGUGGUUGGUGGACACCACAGAUGAAUGGACCAGACAGGGUUGCCAUGACUGGCAGUGCUAAUCCAGGAACAGAUGAUUUAAACUGGCUGACAAAUGUGGCUACAGGUUGUCAGAAUCAUUCAUCAUCACCUUCUCAACCAUCUGUAGUACUUCUGCCUGAGCCUCCUGGUCUGCCAACUUCAUUGAUUCACUCAAGCUCUGGUAGUCUGUUCCGCCCACCAGUUUCACUUGAAAGUGAUUUAAACAGUCAAAGACUAUACAGUUCACAAUUCCCAUUCCCAGCACAUCACACUUCUUUACAUUCACCCUCACUUUCUGGGACCAGCAUGUAUAAUCAAGGUUCACAGCUUACAUCUUUUGGCAAUCUCUAUCCUACGUACCCCAACAGUGCUCCUAGUCUAGUUUCUCAACAUUUCUUUUCAUCAGAAUCAUACCCUGUGGUUCUUCCAAUAAGUGGUAGCCAUGUUCCAAGCAGGCCAGAACAUCCUGUUGUACAGUCUCAUGCAACUCUUGCUCUUAGUCACUCAGUUUCUGUACCUAGUCAUUUAACACAAGCUCGACAUAAUUAUGUGCCAACAGCAAGCCCUCCUGAGCAGCAUGGGUCUAUAGUACAAGCAAGAUCUCAUUAUCUUACAGAACCAAGCCAUUCUCCUGAAAUGAAGCAUUUCAGAGAUAGGUUGUCAUCUCAAAGCUCUCCUGUUUUGAGAAGGGAAGAUGAACAUAUUCCUUUAAAGAUAAAUUCAGGUCAGGAGGUUCAGUCCCAAUUACCUGGGUGUCCUUUAACUGAGUUUGGCACUAAACAAAUGCCAUUUGAUCAUGAUCCAACAAGAGGUUUACCUCUAGGAACCAGUUACAAGGUCCCUACAGGUAAAGAAGGCAGUCUAAAACAUCGCAUCCUAAGGCCUCCAAAUAUAAAUAUAAUUGAACCACCAGCAUCAGCACUGCAUGGUGCACCUCUGUCUGCUCCUCCAACCCACGGACCACGAGAUGAACUCCCAUCACCAAAACAGCCUCGUUUGGGAACACCUGUGCCUCGUAGUAGUUUAUCAUCUUUGUCACCACAUGCAGCUCAUCAGUUAGUCCCGCCAAAACCUAAUGUAACUUCUAAUGUUUCUAGCCCUUCCUGUGAUCCCACGCUUCAACAAGCAAACUCAUCUACUUCAAGACUUCACUAUCCUGUUUAUUUUAGAAAAGGAGCUAUCAUACAACUUGCAGAUGGACAGUUAAAGCAAGUGGAAAAAUUGACAACCGAAGAUUUCAUAGAAAGUGCAAGUCGUAGUGCAGACCUUCGUAUAGAUAGUAGCACUGUGGUCAAGAUUGAAGAAGUGGUUAGCUCAGGUUCAGUCAUAUUAGGGUUUUGUGUAGGAAACAGCCAGGUACAGGUAAGUGUAGAGGCCCCAAUGGAGCACCCUUUCUUUGUUUUUCAACAGGGUUGGUCAUCUUGUUUCCCAGAACAGUCUCUUCACAGGUAUGGGCUUGUCUGUCAGCAACUGAAAAUUGGUGAUGUCUGUAUUUCUCUAACACAGAAGUCUACCCCAGACUUAUUAUUAUCCUCUAAUGAGCUCUCCUCUCCAGCAACCAGUGCUACUUGUACUGUGCCAAAUUCACUUGCUUGCAAUUCCGUAGAAACAUCUGCAAGUGUCUCUGUUAAGGAGGAUCUUCUUUCAUCCUUUAACUGUAGAAUUUCUUCAGUAUCAUGUAAGGAACCACCCUGUGCUACAACUACAGUUACAUUUUCAAGGCAUAGCCCCCUAGUGGCUACCACUUCUACAACUCUUCAACCACAACGGAAGCGUCGUUGGUCUGCCCCAGAUAUUAGGUCUGAAGCUAAACAGUGUGGCCUUUAACCCAGUCUGAUUUGUAAGAGGUAGAGGCUGAGAAAGAAAAAAACUAGAUUUUUCUUCAAACUUUCAAGAAGUUUUGGUCAAAAAAUUUUUUUUUACUGGUGACUGUUUCUUUUUUGACUUGCUGAAUUAGAUCUUGGCAACAGGUACUAUGUUUAAAAAAAAAUUAUUAACUUGUGUAGAAGACAUACACACAUCCUGAACCAUUACACUAAAGGAAAAUUGUGUGUAUAAGAUGUGAACUGGAAGUGCUAAAGAAUUGUGAUGUUUUCAGUUUGUAGUAAAGGUGUAACUAGCAAGUUAUAUUAAAAUAGAAAGAAGAAAUGAUCAUUUUGAUUGGUCACCUGUGGCAACAGAAACAUGGAGAAAUUGUUGAAAGGCUAUAUAUUGCUUGUUUUAUUUUAAAUGAGGAAUUGUUAAGAGUUUACCACUUGUUACCCUUAUCGUAGCCGAAAUACUUGCAUAUAUUAUAUACUGAUGUGUGUGUAUAUAGAGUUAUUUAAAUAAAUGUUGUUUUGUGGCUGUCCAGCUUCUGUAAAAGAAACACUUUUCUUUGACAUAUUAGUAGAUACAACUACUAAUGCCCUUGUAUGUGUGGUAUUACACAUGGAAUACACUGUUUAAAGACCUCCAGUGAGUUUUAUAAAGAUAUAUCAUAGACAAGGUGUGAACAUUCAACCUUUUAAACACAAUGAAACUGUUUCUGAUAUUGUUAACUCAGGACUGAAGGUGCUACGUCAUUUGACUUGUUAACUAAUUAUCUAUUAGCAACAUUGUACUUUUGUAAAUAAGCAGACACACAUCAGUUGUUCUGUUAGUUAAUUAACAAUUACCUUCUUUAACUAACUAGUUUUCUUCAUGUAACAUCUAAACCAUGCUUGGAUGGAUCAAGAACAUAUCAUUUAACCUCAUAAAUGACUACAUUAUGUUUCUCUAACUUGCCAUGAAUGUUGUAUACAUUGUCAGUAAAUUUAACUACACAAUACAUUUGUAGUUAUCUAAUUAUAUAAUUACAAGGCACAUCCGAUGAUAAUUAUAUCACUUUCCUGUUACCAUUCAGCUAUAUCACUUAAAAUUACUGAUUAUUUUACUAAUACACUCAAUUUACUUUAAUCUCUGUGACCAAUGUGUUAUAUUACUUAACAUCCUGAUGGUUAUAUGACACUGUAACUAAAUUGUUUAAUUAACACAUUGAUAGUUUCUACAAUAUUAGUGAUAAAAAAAAAGUGUAAACUCACUAACUCUUUGCAACACAAAACAUCACUGAAGAGUUUCAUGUAAAAUGUCUAUUUUUCUCUGAAUAUAAUUAUUAAGCUACCUGAAUGCCUUGGACACCAUAUUAAUUAUAAAGGUCAGGAUCUUAAUUUAACUGAUGUGGAGGCUUCUAGUUAUGGUAAAAGGAAAAAAAACUGAGUUGUAUGUUGUAACAAAGAAACACUACAGGUUAGAGUAACAAAAAUGUUAUAUUGUACUGUUCAGAUAAAAACCAUAUUAAAAAAUUAAAGGCAAUAUCACCUGUGCUCUACCAUUUGUAAUUUAAAAGACAAAAGAUCAAGAUAUAAGAAGUAUUUGUAAUACUGGUUUAGAAUAUGUGGAAAUUUUGGGUUAUGUGUUCAUUUGAUGAGCUAAAUGUGUAUGGUUUACUUUUUUUAACCAAUGAUGUUAUGUGCAAAGAAAAAGAUUGACUAAAAACAAGCUUUCUUGUUGCCCGUUAUUGUCUUUAAGUGAAUUAAUUUAAUAAGUAGUUAUAUUUGUUCAGAAGUGUUAUCAUUUGCUUAUAAAAUCCUUAAUAAAAGUGGUUAACACUCUUGACCAACAUGUUUA